AUGUGCUUAUCAACCAGGCUCAGCACCCGCCUCCUUAUCAACCAGGCUCAGCACCCGCCUCCUUAUCAACCAGGCUCAGCACCCGCCUCCUUAUCAACCAGGCUCAGCACCCGCCUCCUUAUCAACCAGGCUCAGCACCCGCCUCCUUAUCAACCAGGCUCACCACCUGCCUCCUUAUCAACCAGGCUCAGCACCUGCCUCCUUAUCAACCAGGCUCAGCACCCGCCUCCUUAUCAACCAGGCUCAGCACCCGCCUCCUUAUCAACCAGGCUCAGCACCCGCCUCCUUAUCAACCAGGCUCAGCACCCGCCUCCUUAUCAACCAGGCUCAGCACCUGCCUCCUUAUCAACCAGGCUCAGCACCCGCCUCCUUAUCAACCAGGCUCAGCACCCGCCUCCUUAUCAACCAGGCUCAGCACCCGCCUCCUUAUCAACCAGGCUCAGCACCCGCCUCCCUUAUCAACCAGGCUCAGCACCCGCCUCCUUAUCAACCAGGCUCAGCACCCGCCUCCUUAUCAACCAGGCUCAGCACCCGCCUCCUUAUCAACCAGGCUCAGCACCCGCCUCCUUAUCAACCAGGCUCAGCACCCGCCUCCUUAUCAACCAGGCUCAGCACCCGCCUCCUUAUCAACCAGGCUCAGCACCCGCCUCCUUAUCAACCAGGCUCAGCACCCGCCUCCUUAUCAACCAGGCUCAGCACCUGCCUCCUUAUCAACCAGGCUCAGCACCGCCUCCUUAUCAACCAGGCUCAGCACCCGCCUCCUUAUCAACCAGGCUCAGCACCCGCCUCCUUAUCAACCAGGCUCAGCACCCGCCUCCUUAUCAACCAGGCUCAGCACCCGCCUCCUUAUCAACCAGGCUCAGCACCUGCCUCCUUAUCAACCAUGCUCAGCAGCUGGACAAGGUUGCUGCUGCCCCCUGGAGGAUGGAGGAUGGAGUGUAG